AAUACAGGCCUUUAACUUGCCAUGGAGUAUUUUUAAAUUGUAGCAUAGUUGAACUUGAAUAUUUUUUUUCCAUCACGCAUCUUUCUAAACCACACUGACACAUAAAGCUGCUCACACAGUUCAUAGAUAAAAGGCACUGUAGUCUGGUGACGGUUGGCCCCAGCGUUAAGCUCAGGUGAAACGUUUGGACUCCCAACAACUUAAACGGUUUGGGAAUUUCCAACGGCUCAGAGAGAACAGGAGAGGGUCAUCUGUGGCGAUCCAGGUAUAGUCAUCAUGAUAUUCCUUUCUCUACAGACAAAAGCAUGGAUGUUGGUGAAUAUUCACUCCCAGAAAGCAUCAAUCCUAAUAAUUUCCCUGCCAAACUGUGGCGUUUGGUGAACAACCCGGCCAGUAAAGCCAUCUGCUGGGACAGCUUCGGAGAGGUCAUCAUCAUUGAUCAACAGCUCUUUGAGAAACAGAUCCUGUGUCCCACCACCACCUCAGAUAACGCUGACGCUUUUAAAACAGCGAACUUCUCGAGCUUUGUCCGCCAGCUCAACUUGUACGGCUUCAGGAAAGCCGAGUCAGCUACUAAAGACGGCCAGCAAACUAAAAGAGACAGUGGGACGUUCCAUCAUUUUUACAACCCAAACUUCAGGAGAAACCACCCUGAACUUGUUGCGAGUCUAAGGAGACUCACUGUCGACAAUAAGGCCAAGCUACAAGCCGGUCUGAACGUGAACUGUCGGCCUCCAAGUCGAUACCAGAGAUAUGGUGGGGGUGAUGAUGGCAAAGACAAACCUGUGAAAAGAGUUUCUGCAGGCACUUCAGUGCUCAGCCCCACACAUCAGUCAACUCAUCCUUACUAUCCACAUAAAGCUCUGGAAGUGACAUCACACAGUGGAACCCCAGCCCCGCCUCGAUACCUGAUAAGGGGUCACGGUGCAGCUCUUUCUCCUUCUGUCUUCACUGCAGACAAAGGGAUGCCAGUAUCUUUAAGCCAUCAUUACACUGGUGUAGCCUCAAGCUCCAAUGCUGGCCAUAUUCAGCAGGGUUUACUUGCCCACACAAACCAUGGAAAUGCAAAUUUCACCACUUUUAAUCCUCGUAAUCCACAGUAUCCGCCUGGCCUCUAUUCCCCAGUUUGCCAUUGCUACCAUACAAACCUUGUGGCAUCACCUAUGACUGGUAGUGGGCUUCAGACAGGGCUGUUCUCUCCUCUUGGUUAUUACCAGGCAGGAUACCCUGUGCAUAUGUUGUAUCAUGGGGACCAAAGCCAGGACUCACAGAAUAAGGAAAACCAGGAGAUGAAAAAAUGUGACAUUAAUUUAGACACAAUUUUCCAGAUUGCUGAUGAAGUGAUGCAAACUCCACCCAGUAACAGCUUUGUUAAAGUUGUGACCCCAGAGAAGGCAGGCCCUGUGUUAGAGCUGUCCUCCAACACCUGUAACACCACGCUGUGUGACAAUCCUGCCAGCACUGUCAAAGGUGACCCUUUGUGUGCUGGACCCAUUAUAAUGGCUGUGGCAGGCAAUGUUGAACUAGUCACAUGUGGAGAGCAGGAGGAAUCUGUGGUCUUAGUACCCGAGCAAAUGCCUGAAGACGCCAUAUUUGAGGUUACCAGUGAUGAUGGAAACACUGAGGUUGAAGGUGUCAAGGUUAGCGAGAGUGACUGAUCCCAGUCAGGUUUAACAGCAACAGCAGGACACCAAAUCUUUAGAUCUCAACAUGUUGAUUUGAUUGGCAUGUGACAGGGAGUCUUGAGGAUGUGAUGUGUAAUAGUGAAGUUUUCACCAGGCUUCAUUAUGCACUUUAAUGAUUGUUGUGUUGGUAUGUUUUAAUUUAAAUCUUAUUUUAAACAUUUUGCAAAAUGUACAUUUUUAUUAAGAAUUAGAAUUACUUGUACCACAGUGCACUUAAAAAAAUGUAAAGAAAGAUCUACAUUUACCUAGAUUUUUACACCUUAUUUUAUAACAUGUUUUUCCAACUUGUGAUGUUUUUAAAGAAUUGUGAUUUAUAGUAUGAUUACACAUAUUUGCAGCAGGAAACCUACCUAAACUCAGCCUCUCUCCAUUUUGAGAUGCACAUUUUGACUUACAUUUUAAUUAUAUAACUUGCUUGUCAUAGUAAGUUACAGUAAAUGGGGGAGAAUAUAAAUUAUUUUAGGAAAAUAUUAAAAUGUAUCUACUAGUAACUGCUUUGUGGUAGAGAUGGUGGUGGUAUUUUCCCCACCUUUUUAUUUUGCAUUGCAUCUCUUAAAAGGUGCAGUGUUUUUAAACAUGUAACUUUCAAAGACACGUGUUAUUAAAAUUAA